AUGGCAAACUUUGAAGAUUUGUCCUGCCAAGAUUUAUGGUUUAAAACUGGUGUAAAGGACAGACAGAGAUACAUACCCAUCCAUGACAUUCACCUGCUAUUGUUUCAUGUGUUAACAGGAUGUGACUGCACCAGUGCCUUGUCUGGAAUAGGAAAGAAGAAAGCCUUGAAUGUGCUGCUCAAGAAUGAGUGGAUACAGCAGGACCUCAGCAAUUUUGGUAAAAAUCCAGUCAUUGAAGAGUUUGAACAGAAAGUCACAGAAUCCUUCAUCUGCUCCAUUUACACAUCUGCACAAGAAUUUCUGAACUCUGAUGAUGCCCGAUACUUUCUGUUUUGUCAACGAAAUUUGAAGAGUGAAGAACUCCCUCCCACAUCAGAAAGCCUUUCUCAUCACAUCAAGAGAGCAAAUUUUCAAGCAUGUGUUUGGAACAGAGCCUUACAUCCAUUUCAAAGCAUGCCCGCCUCAGCAGGAAAUGGUUGGAAAUUGGAAGAUGGAAAGCUAGUUCCUGUGUUGAUGACACAAAAUCCUGUCCUAGAAGGCAUAGUGGAAUUGACAACAUGCCCGCUGCACAACUUCCGAGUGCAAACAGAAUUGUUUCUGUAA